ACUUAAUCCAAAGUGUUUCCAACAUGGAUUUCAACAUUAAUCUGAUGUUCGUUUGUUCAUCAUUAUUUUUAACACCGGUCUUGCAAAACAUCUUUUCUGGGUCAGUUAGUAUUUCAAGCUUCCAAAUGAAUACAUAAAACCUUGUUGCAUGGUUAUUCAGUUAUUCUUUUCAUUCUCGGAUGGGAUCAGAUCACAGCAUUGGUGAAAAAAUAGAAAUAACACCAUACAAAUUCCUUUCAUUCUUCCCUGCAAGCUAGUUUUUUUCCCCGUGGAAAGUCUCCAUAGCCACUCGUAUCAAGCAUACUUCAUAGCUCACUCUCCAAAGUGAUUAGUAAUUAAUAGAAACCCCGAAUUAGGGUUCCUCCACAAAAUCUAGAUUGGUGGAAGCCUUAGUUUACUACCAUCCGCAUCCACAUUACUUGCUUUCACACUCCUCUCAACCCCCUCGCCCAACUUAUCUGUUUUCACGCAGCUCCGAAGGUAAUGUGGCUUUAACAAAAAGUGAAUGAUAUGCUGGCAAUUUGGGGUUCUUGUUUUGACCCGAAUGGGUGUGGCCAAAGCGUGGAGGUUUAACUUGUCGUCGACGAACCUGGCUCUGUUACACUACCCAAGUAUUAAGAAUGUGUGUUGGAGAUCGACGGCGACGGCGCCGGCUAAACUUCCGCACAGGAAGUCGAUCUCCUUUUCAGUGGUGGCGUGCGGGUUGAUGCUCUUCGGGUUGGGUUUAAUUUCGCUUUUAACGGGUCAUAUGGCUUCUGAUCUCGAAUGGUACUCCCAGCGAUUAGUUCAGCACGCUUUCUACUCCAGACUGAAUGAGUUUUAUCCUGAUCCAGUUGAUGUAUGGCAAUCUCAAUAUUCUAGAUACUACUAUGGAUGCAGUGAGAGGGGACGUCACUUUGCUCCCAUUGUUCGUGAGCAUUUGUCAAAUGGCUACUUGCUUAUUGCGACUAGCGGUGGACUGAACCAACAAAGAACUGGGAUAACAGAUGCUGUGGUUGUUGCUCGAAUUCUUAAUGCUACACUGGUAGUACCUGAGUUAGAUCAUCAAUCAUACUGGAAGGAUGACAGUGACUUCAACAACAUCUUCGAUGUUAAUUGGUUCAUUGCUUAUCUUGCAAAAGAUGUUAAAACUGUCAAAAGAGUUCCUAAUAAAGUCAUGCGUUCAAUGGAAAAGCCCCCAUAUACAAUGCGUGUACCCAGGAAAUCAGAGCCUGAAUAUUAUCUUGACCAAGUUUUGCCAAUACUCUUGAGAAGACGAGUUCUGCAACUGACAAAGUUUGACUAUAGACUUGCAAAUAACCUUGAUGAUGAGCUGCAAAAACUACGUUGCCGUGUUAAUUACCAUGCUUUAAGAUUUACAAAACCCAUAAGGGUACUUGGUCAGAGACUUGUCAUGAAAAUGAAAAAGAUGGCAGGCCGUUUUAUAGCUGUCCAUUUGAGGUUUGAGCCAGAUAUGCUAGCAUUUUCAGGUUGUUACUUCGGUGGAGGAGAAAAAGAGAGACGUGAGCUUGGUGAAAUUAGAAAAAGGUGGACAACAUUGCCUGACUUAAGCCCUGAUGAAGAGAGAAAGCGAGGGAAAUGUCCUCUUACUCCUCAUGAAGUUGGUUUAAUGCUGCGAGCACUUGGUUUUGCAAAUGAUACAUCCAUCUACGUUGCUUCAGGAGAGAUAUAUGGUGGAGAUGAGACUAUGCAGCCUCUCAAAGCUCUUUUCCCUAACAUCUUUACAAAGGAAAUGCUUGCUGAUGAAGCGCUGAAGCCUUUCCUUCCAUUCUCUUCCCGCCUUGCUGCCAUUGACUAUAUUGUCUGUGAUGAAAGUGAUGUAUUUGUCACUAACAACAAUGGUAACAUGGCCAAAAUUCUUGCAGGCAGAAGGAGGUACAUGGGUCACAAAAGAACCAUUAGACCCAACACGAAGAAGCUUAGCGCGCUGAUGAUGGCGAGGGACAAGAUGGAGUGGGAUACCUUCGCCAGAAAGGUUAAGGCAUGCCAGAGAGGAUUCAUGGGUGAGCCAGAUGAGAUGAGACCCAGACGAGGAGAAUUUCAUGAAUAUCCCUCCUCUUGUGUGUGCGAGAAACCGUUUGUGGAUGAAGAUGCUCACAGAGGAUAUCACCCUUUUAAGCAUAUCACCUCGAACGUGACAGCAGAAGAUGAACCCAUUAUGCAUUGAGGGAUUAGAGCUGAGACUUCAACUGAAGUGAUAGGGAAAGAUCAAAAGAAGGAAAUAAUGAUUGUGCUCGGUAUUUAUUGAUGCCUUCUGGGUGUGAUGGAAAUGGUACGGUAAUACUAAUUACUCCAUCUUCACAUCCGGCGAUGGGGUUUGAGUAGUUGGUGAAUGGGCCAAUUUAGACCCGUGUAUAGGUUAAAAGGCGUUGAUGCGCCACAAAUGUCCAUGGAUAUGCUCGGUGCAAAGUUUGGAUUGCAACCAUUUAAUUAACUGGUCUUCUCCAAUUUCUACUUGACCUAUGCAGUUGUAUGCUACCUUCAUUGAGUUUUAACAUGAAGAUCAUGAUCGAUUAGUUCU